GUGUAGUAAAUAUCUAAAGAACUUAGUCUCCCAAAUACGAAUUCAUUUCGAAACAAGUAAGUUACUAUUAGUAAUAGGUUUUCCACAUUGGACAUCUCCCGCAUAAUUCAUUAACUUGAAGCUCUCGGAAUAACAAUAUGGAGUGUGGCAACAAGGAUCCCGGAAAAGAACCUACCACAGACGACGAAAAGACGCUCGUUCAUACACCCAAACCAGCAGUACCGAUGCCAUCUAUCGAUGAGCUAAGCAGCGAUGAAGAUCUAUUUGAAUUUCUACGAGAAAUUCCCAACGUCAAUCGAAACGAGCCAUUAGGAAGUCCAAGUAAUCAGAGGAUUAGCAUUUGCAUACGGGACAUCGAGAUGCCGAUAUCUAGCUCCUCGUUCACCAUUUCAUCGUCGGCUGCUAGCAGCGAGUUCGCCAAGCUGCUGAUGCGACUGGGAGGUGAAGAAGGCGACGGCGAUGCCAACCAAAUAGUCAUAGAGCUUCUGAACUCAAAGAAGCAAGCUGAGCGGGCCACCUCGGUAACAGAGCGAGUCUCCGAAAACCUGCUCCUCGUGCUGCGCAGCCAGACUCUCGCCGAGGCUGGCAUCAUUACUGGCAACGAGCGCUAUCGCUCCUUCAAGUGUGUCCUGCAGAACUAUGCAAAGCUGUAUGCGGCAAAGAGGUUCAUUGAGAAGCUUCCCAUGCUGGGACUAUCCCCUCAAUCACAAUCACAGUCGCAGUUGCAGUCGUCAGUUCAGUCUCAGUUCCUGUUUCCAUUACAGCCACAGGCACACGAGAUAAAAAACAAUGAUGAUCAGAACAAACAGACGCAGGCAUUGACUCGUAUGGUCGCCGAUGAGGUGCUGCAGAUUCCAGAACUACUGCGCCAACUCUGGGACUCGCUAGAGAAAAUGGAGUUCUUCAACGAGGACACUGCCUACAAAGUCUACUUGGAGGCGCGCCGUCAUCCACAAGCCAAGAUCCUACGCGAACUGAUGCUCACUCGCAUAUCGCGUGUCUACCUCUGCAUUGUCAGCUCCGCUUCCUUUCUGGAUUUCAGCGAGCACGAACUAAUCCACAUGCUCAACAACUGCUACCUCAGUGUCAAUUCCGAAAUAGAGAUAUUCCUCUCUGUUAUCCUUUGGCUGGAACAUAAUUGGUACGAGCGCAAAAACUGUGCAGAACGUGUCCUGGGUGGAGUUCGCUUCGGCCUGAUGCCCACCUGGUAUCUCCACACUCUUGACAGAACCAAUCGCUGUAGUCACUUCGCCAGGGUUAUCGCUUGUGCUGGCGUCAAAGCGGUGUUGGAAAAGGGACUUGACGAUGCCUUAGCUCUGCGCUCCAAGCAUUUACGCAAUUCUAACUUGUCCGAUCCGGAGAGUCCUUUGCCACGUGACUGGGUUGCUGAUCCCGAGUGUGGUCAUCAUCAUAAGUGCCAUUGCGAGCGUUUCGUUUAUCCCACAUACGACGUAUUCAAGGAUUAUUUGGCUAGGAUCAUCAGCUGUGCCCCCAACUACUGGCGCACUCUUCGGCCUGCUCAAGAAGUCUAUCGCAAGGAACUCAAGUGCUGUGUGUCCCCCUACCAAUCUUCCCGACGGAAUUAAGGAUACCCAGGUCUUACCGAUUACAAUAGUGCUAAAUUUUAUGUUUCACUGUUUUGGCGUGCUUA